CUCUAGUAAUCGCAUCUCAGUCGAGUCUCGAAAGCCGAGAGAGGCGCACGUGUUUUAAGUUUUCAAAAUGGCGGGUAAAUCGAAUGGUACGGACGUCGGUCAUAUGGCCGAAUGGGUGCGCGCACCACCCCCUACGGGGCCAUGGUAUCACAGAGUUGGAAAGGCCAUUUAUAAUCCUGAGGAGAAGAGUUUUCUGGGACGCACACCGAAACGGUGGGGAAUCGUGAUAACAUUCUACCUGGUGUUCUACGCGGUGCUGGCUCUAAUGUUCGCUAUCUGCAUGGGGGGCCUGCUCCUCAGCCUCAACAAGGACCGGCCUACCUACACACUGGACCAGUCCCUCAUUGGUUCAAAUCCAGGUGUAACAGCGCGCCCUCUAUCGGUCACGGGUGAAAUCAAAAUCGACCACGGUGAUGCGAACUCAACCAACAUGUACGUUGACCAGCUGAACGACUUUUUUGCGCCGUACGUGACCGACCCGCUGUACGGGCAUGCGGAUUGUGUGCCCGCAGAUAAUUUCGGAUACCCGGACACUCCGUGUCUCCUCCUCAAAUUAAACAGGAUAAUCGACUGGGAGCCCCACUAUUAUGACGACGCUGCCAGUCUGCCUGAGGACUUUCCUACGGAGCUGGUUGAUCACAUCAAGAAUCUGGCAACUCCGGCAGAACGUUCCCGGGUGUGGGCGUGGUGCUGGGAUGAGAACCAUCAAGUGGAACUGGAGUACCCGUGGGGACGCGCGCUACCCGCCUUCCGGACCUACAAGGCUGGUGCUACGUAUAGGAACCCUAUAGUAGCUGUCAGACUCAAACAAGUGACCAACAGCACGGUGAUCCGCUGCCGUCUCCUGGCCAAGAACAUCAUCUACAACAAGAGCUUGAAAGAACCAUCAGGCUAUGCGCGCGUCACGAUCACUGUUGUGAGCAGAACCCCAUCCAACGGUGAAACUAUAGAGUAGGCAUAAAGUUAUAAUUUAUACCAGUCAAGGUACAUAUAUACUCUACACUUGAUAGGGUUACACUUCCUACUAUAUCUGUAAGAGAACCUAAUAGAACAUUGUUUAUAAAUAUUGUAAACCAGUGGGGUUCUUCCUAGCUAUGUACAAAUUGCAGAACAUUCCCAAAAAGCGGUAACGUUCUCGAGAAUGUUCUCAGAACAUUCCUGCAACAUGGAAAUUAUUGUUUAAACUUUGUCGUAGUACCUUAUUUAUAUAACAAUGUCAAUUACUAUAAUUACUUCAAUAGACAUGGAUUUUACUGUCCGUUGAUAAGAUGAUAAUUGAUAACUGGAGUAAACUGGAAUGCAGCUCAGAAAAUAAUUAUAUUAUUUAUAAGAACUACACCUAAACUAUCGUGAAUAUUCAUGGUAUAAAUUACGUAAAUAAAUUCUCGUUCUCGAGAACAUUCUCAGAAGUUACCGAGAAAUUCUCAAAGGAAAGUUUUGCAACUUUGGAAAGUUCUCGUGAGUGCAUUGC